GCUCCUCACACACACUCAGUGCUGCUGGAGAGCAGGACGAGAGUGGAUGUGACCGACGGGACGAGGACCGUUUUGUUUAUUAAGUCAACUACCAUGGAUGUGUUUAUUUCUUGUGGAUAAUGUUUCAUCGCCGCACAUUUAAAAAGAUAAGGUCACCGAGGACAGGGAGCAAAUGCCAGAAUACUGAAAGAGGAUUAAACCAGGAAUCCGUCACCUCCCCCUAAGUAGGUGUGAAUUUGCUGGCUUGCCACCAUGGGGAACCAGCUGACCGACAUGGCGCCCAACACGUCGUUCCUGCCAAGCUUCCAGUGCCUUCACGUGGUCGUGAUCGGGCUCGACUCGUCCGGGAAGACCUCGCUGCUCUACCGGCUGAAGCUGAAGGAGUUUGUGAACACGAUCCCGACGAAGGGCUUCAACACGGAGAAGAUCAAAGUGGCCGUGGGGGCGUCCCGGGCCAUCAACUUCCAGGUGUGGGACGUGGGCGGUCAGGAGAAGCUGCGGCCCCUGUGGAAGUCGUACACCCGCCGCACGGACGGGAUGGUCUUCGUGGUGGACUCGACGGAGCUGGAGCGCAUGGAGGAGGCCAAAGUGGAGCUCCACAAGAUCACCCGCACCUCCGAGAACCAGGGCGUCCCCGUGCUGGUGCUGGCCAACAAGCAGGACCUGGACUCGGCCCUGUCCGUCGGCGAGGUGGAGAAGCUGCUCGCCGUGCACGAGCUGAGCACGUGCACGCUGCGCCACGUGCAGAGCUGCAGCGCCGUGGACGGUCAGGGGCUCCAGCCGGGCCUGGAGAAACUGUACGACAUGAUCCUGAAGAGGAAGAAGACGGUGAAGCACAACCGGAGCAGGAAGAGAUGAACUCUGUUGCUCACGCUGAGGACGUUAAGUUUGGGAGAUUUAUCCACGAGACACUUUUUAAUGGUCGCUUUUAACGGGAGAGCGAUUUGUGCCAACAAAAACAAGAACCACAAACGGCCUCGGGGUCGGAGAAAUGGAUUGUCUCACAACAACCGGAGCAGUAUUGACUUAUUCUUUGUUCUACAAACAUGCAGCCGACCUUUGAAAGCUCAACUUAUAGAUUUAAAAGGGAAACUUGAUCGCAGUUAGUCCUCACUAAGUGCUUUUCUAAAACUUGAUUUAAAGAAGGAUUCUAACAAGACGUUUGCUUGUUAGCUGUAGGACUCAUUUUUCAAACACACGUGCAUCCAUACGGCAGGCGUGUAGACGAGACACAUAUCAUAUAGAA